CCUGCUUGGCAACCAGGAGUCAGUUGGGCUGAGGCUCUGAGCUCCAACUGUCAGACGUGCUGAGGCUGAGGUGGAGGAGUUUGGGGCUGUGAGUGGUUUCCCUGAAGGCCAUGGAAUCCUCUGCGGGGCCCAGGAUUCCUUUGCCCAAAUACUGCAGUGUGGCCUCAACCCUGAAGUCCGCCUCCUGGGCUGGUGCUGCUCCCUGCUGGGACUUCUCCUUCACCUGCCCCUUUGCCAUCCAGGCACCCUGGCUCAGCCGGCACAUCCCCCUUACCAGAUAUACAUCUUACCACCCGUGUCUCCACAUUGCUGACUCUGCAUGGCAGGGGCCUGGCUGGUCGGGAAGAGUUGGAGAUGCUGCUGACACAUGGAUCCUCGCAAGAAGGGUACCGGAUGGCUUUUAUUACUGGGCUCAGAUAAAGGCUGCUCCAGAGUUGGAGAGACAGGGGGCCCUGCUUGUGGAAUUUGAGGUUCCCACUGCCACAGACCCAAAGCUGCCAGCCCAGCGGCAGAGUGUGGUCUUAGAAGAAGAUGUCAUUCAGUUCUUGCCGUGCGUAGAACACUCACCACGGCCAGGGGACAAGGUGCUUGCAGCCUGGGAUCCAGACCAGCAGCGGUAUGGCCCUGGCACGGUUCUCUUGGGCUUGGAGGCGAGAGACCCCCUGAGAGCAUCCAAAGGAGGAGGAAUUACUGUUCACUUCUGGAAUGGCAAGACAGCUACUGUGCCUCUGGGCCAGGUCAGGUGGGUGCCCCCAGCUGUGUGGAAGAAGGCUGUGGAGAGGCUGCACAAGCCUUUAACCAGGGAGCACCCCGGGCCCCUCCUCUGGGCCCCUUGCUGCUCUCCGCUGGGACCGGUAGCUGGAUGUGUCAUCAGCGGGCUUUCUCCAGGCGCUCUGUUCCUGUGCCCGCCCUGCCUCCCCCAGGCCUGCUGCCAGCUGCCGUACCAGACCUGCCUCUGCUACUGUCCCUGGGCAGGACCCACCUGGUGGCCUCUAGCCAGGACCUCAGGGGCCACAGCCACAGAACAUCCAGAGGUGGAACUAAAGCCCACAGCACAACUUUUGCCUCUGGAGGGUCCUGCAAAAGAGGAAGCAGUAGCAGUGCAAGCUCCCAUGGGUGUUUCUUCCUCUUCUUCCUCCUCUUCUUCUGAGGAAGAGGAUUUGGAGAACGAUCUGGAGAUGCGCCUCCCGCAGAGGCUGGCGGUGGACAGCACAGUCAACACAGACCCUAUUCUUCUUGAGAAGUCUCUGAGGAGGCAGGGUGCCCUCUGCCAGCCCGAGUGGAGGUAUUGGAGGAGAAACGGGCCUGAGCCCUGUCCUGGGAAGCCAGGUACAACACCUCCUGAGAUACCUGCUCCCUUCCCUCCCAUGUAUCUCUUAGGAAUCUCAUGCAUGUGUCCACUGUACUGGGAUUGGAAGUAACACUUAGGUGUGUGGCCAUGUUGAAGGGGAAGCUGGGACAAGAGGGAAAUAGUGGGUUUCCAUCUGAACAAUAAAACCCACUAAGAAAAGA